AAGCAUCAUGGCGGUGCAGAACGCAUCAUUUGGCUACCUGUCCUUUCUCGGCUACCUUCGGCACGCAGACGGUGGAAUUUAUUGUAGCUCGCAAAAACCCACAAGAGGCAGAAGCAUCAGCACCACGAGAGCAGGAAAGCAAGAACACUGACCGCAGGAGAAAAAGGCUUUUUUCACGGCUACCGUCGCUACCUCGCUGCUUUUAGUUUGCCUGUGGCUGUUUAAUUUUUCAUCACCAAACACGGCACCGCUUAUACUACCCGUGUUACGUUCGCGUGUAUGUGCAGGGUGUUGUAAAGCGGCAUCAUCAUCACCACCAUCACCUUCGUCUUCGCAGUGCAGGCGGCUCGCGGAAACACCAAUUUUCCAUUUCCAUCGCUCUGUUCCGACGACACAGCGCGUUACGUUUUGUGAGCGGUGAAACGAACUGUGGAAAAUGAAGUGAACGUAGUGGCAGCAGCAGUGUGCCAGUUUUCCUUUACCCACCGUGUACGUCUAUGAACACGCAUUUCGGUUCUGUCGGACAUUCGCGGGGUGUGUGCGGCGGGUGCAGCGCAGAAGAAGUCUUGAUCUUGUACAUCGCCCCUGCCCUACCUUCCUGGGUCGUUCCGUAGUCGCGCGAGCCCAAGCGCUGGGCAUGGUUUUGGUCGAGCGAAAGAAAAUGUCGGCAAAUCGUCAUCCCGUCGUCAUCGUUCACUGACGGUACCGCAGAGAUACCUGGAGCGGGCCCUGGGAGCGGUGCGUCAUUCGUCCAUUCGUCGCUGCGUGCGUGUUGUGUGUGUGAGUGUGUUGAUCCGCGGAGCAUUGUGCUGCUCGGACAGGUCGCUCCCCUGCUUGCCGAGAACCGUCACCGAUUCCGUGUGGGAUUUACGUACCGAAAUUAGGGGGCGCGCGCGUGAGUGUGUGUGGUGCGCCAAGUGGUCUUCUUCCUGUUCCGUUCCAAUCCUAACUCCACUUCCUCCUCACCUAGGGCCACACGGGCUUCUAGGCGGCGGUGGUGUUGUUGUUGUCGUCGAAUUGCUUUGUUACAUCGCAGUCACCGGAGAGAAAGCGGGGUACGAUGGGGCGGAUUGCCAGCUAGUGCAAAGUUGUGCUUCAUCAUUCGGUGUCACACACAGAAAGUAGCCGCUGCCGUGUGCUUAAGAGUGUGUGUGUGUGUGUGGGCCGUAGAAUCGUGUGUGGGUCGUGUGUGUGGGCUGGACGGGUUGGCUUUUUGAGUGGUACACUGUGGCCGUAGAUUGGGAUUUCGUGUGUGUUUGUUCCGCGUGUCUCUCGAGCAACAAAACAACGAUCAUCGAGUGUUGAAAGUGUGUGCGUGUGUGCGAUUGUUACAAGCAUUUUACGAUAGUGCUAGUGCGUGCAUGUGUGUGUGUGUGUGUGUGUGAGUGUGCACGCACGAUCACCAGGUGGGAGGCGAAGAAUUCAGUGUGUUUUGCUAAAAUAUCGGCAAAGAAAGGAAAAUAGGGAAAGAAAGAAGGAAAAAAAGGCACAACAGCAACAAACGCACACACACACCACCAAAGGUCGUGUAAAACAAAGCAGUACACGGUGGAAUGCAAAACGUCAGUCCACUGUGUGUGGCAAUAGUAGCAGCAACAAGCAGCAGCAGCACGACAUUGUUUAAAGUGUCCCACUCGGGUAGCGGAAGCCCCUUAGCAAACGCGUAAAUUCACACAGUGAAGGCAUUUAAAUACCCGUCUGGAGGCGCUUUCUUUCUUUGUGGUGUACUGCUACGGGAGAAUCGCCAAAAAAACAACAACGGAAAGAGUGAUUCGCGGAUUGUCACGGCGAGCUCAAGCGCAGCUGCCAAAGUCUACGUCGAAAGACGGGAAAACCCCCUUCGGUUUCCCGGUGUGCAUCAGUGCGUGCGUGCGUGCGUGUGUGAGAGGGGAAAACACGGUCAUAUUGUGAUCAUAAUAGGUGACAGGAAAGUAAACGCGCGGCCACGAUGAGUAGCGGCAACAGCACAACGAACAACGAUGUUAGCAGCAGCGGGGGUGUGGGCGGCAGUGGUGGAAGCAGCGGGAGCAGCAUCGAAGCCGAAUACAACGAAAUCGUAUCCCGGAGAGGUUGGCCAAUGGUGUUCCAGGAUAUUCGCGAAAGGAGCGACAUUCAGGCGCGGGCGAAAAAGUUUUCCACCGACGAGUCCAAAAAGCUGGAAAACCGGCGACUGAAUCGAUACCGGGACGUGCUACCGUACGAUCAUUCCCGAGUGGCCCUGAAACGUGGCGAAGGCGACUACAUCAAUGCGAACCUGGUCAAGAUGGAACGUGCCGGGCGGAAGUAUAUCCUGUGCCAGGGACCGCUCCCGCACACGGUCGGGCACUUCUGGAUGAUGGUGUGGGAGCAUGACUCGCGCGCCAUCCUGAUGUUGAACAAGCUGAUCGAACAAACGACCGUCAAAUGUCACCAGUACUGGCCGGCCAAGAUCGGCGAGAAGCAUCGGCUCGAGCUGACGGGCGUUCAGCUAUCGGUAGUUCAUCUGAAGUGUGUGGAGUACAAGAACUUCUGCAAACGAACGUUUAGACUGACCGACAUGGAGUCGGGCAAGAGUCGCGAAGUGAUACAGUUUCACUACACGACUUGGCCGGAUUUCGGCAUCCCGAGCUCGCCGGUAGCGUUCCUGCAGUUUCUGAAGGAGGUGCGCGAUUCGGGAACGCUCGACCGGGACGUUGGCCCACCGAUUAUCCACUGCAGUGCCGGCAUCGGACGUUCGGGAACGUUCUGUUUGGUGGACUGCUGUCUCGUGCUGGUCGACAAGGAGGGGGAAGAUCGAGUGUCCGUUCAAGAUGUACUGCUUGAGUUGCGACAGUAUCGUAUGGGGCUGAUUCAAACGCCGGAUCAGCUGUACUUCUCGUACCAGGCCAUCAUCGAAGGCAUGAAGCGCAUGAAUAACUCCUCGUUCGAGGAGUUUGAAGAGCUGACCGUUGUGGCCUCGUCCAGCCAGCAGAACAGCGACCAGGAGGAUAACGAGGAUACGCCACCGCCGCUGCCGCCACCGCGCACCCACUCGCUGACGUCCAAGCCGCUGCCGGUGAUUCCGACGAGCGAGAGCGUCCACGAGGACUUCCUGCUCGGCGGCAGCAAUGGCGGCGAUCGCGACAAGGUGAACAACCUCGUCAAUCUGGAAAAGAGCAAGCAAUUUGAGAUGGGUGACGAAAACCAUCACCACCAUCAUCACAACAAUCACCAUCAUAAGCGAAGCGACGGCAGCAACAACCACCACAACAACCAUCAUCACCAUCCGUACAGUAAUCGGCCGUUGCCGCCGAUCGUGCGGGACAGCUCGCUGUACAAAGUGAAUGAAAUGGAUAGCGAUGGCGGCGGCGGUGGUGGUGGUGGCGUGGGCAGCAGUGGCAGCGACGGCAGCGACUCCAAUGCGAUGAGCAGCGAGGACGAGCUGAUCGAGGAGAACGAUAGCGACAUCGGCGAGGAAGAGGAGGAGGAAGACGACGAUGAGGCAGAGCUGGAGGAGAAGAAUCGCGGCACCAUUGGCCGAGACGUUCCGUCCGACAACAGUGAUAAUAUUAAAAGCUCGCUGCUGGAUGAAAGUAGCAGCAGCACGACAACGGCUACGACGACAACGGCGACGGGAGGGGCCAGCAGCACCACCGCCAGCAGUGGAACGUCCACGGGUCUGUCCACCUCGACGUCGGUGUCCACCUCAUCGUCUACGACGGCCAGCGCGAUCGGAUCGAACAACUCGACGUUGGAGUCGAAGCGGGGCGACUCGAAAGCGGGCGAGGAAGCGUUCAACGCUAACUCGAGCCUUCCGCCGCUGCCAAACGGUGCGCUGGACGAUGGUGACGAUGCGAUCUCCAGCCCGGAGCGCGAAUUGUCGCCGGGCGCCGAGCUGCGACGCCGCAAGCGCAUCGAGCGCCAGUCAGCAAUGGAGGAGAAAAUACGCGAGAUCAAGCGCAAGCGGAAAGAGGUGGAAAGCAAGGGAUCGCCGAAAAAGCGCAGGUUAUUACUGUUUUCCCUUGCAGCAGGUGUUUGUUUCAGCGUUCUGUGCGUAUAUCUUUACACCAAGCAGAUGUAAAUGUGUGUGUUGUAUUUUGGUGUGUCGAGUGUCGAUGCAAACAAUGCGUGAAGUGAAUGUGUGGAACCCUCCCCCGCAGGCUAGCAUUAAGACACAGCAUCGAGCAACAAGGAGACUGGAAGGGAUCGUGAAGGUUGCAGAAAUGCUGCAAGCAAAAGAGGACACACAUGCACGGACCUAGGGCAAGGAAAAAUCAUUCCUACAUGUUAGCGGAGAGAGGCAGAAGUAAUCAAAAUGACUAACGCAGCAAAACUCAACCCUGUUAGCCCGCUGGCAUAUUUGGUGUUGAUAUAGAAAGGGUGGAUUGAUUGCAUACACGCAUCUCAAUGGCUCAAUACGCUGUGCUGGAUGGGGAACAGUUUUAUAGUGAUUUUUUAAAUGUUCAUUCGCUGUACCCAAUCGCGAUGAAAGUAUGUUGUGGAGAAUAUGUUCGUAUUGCUAAUUACGGGCACAUUGUGAUUGUUUGCGCUGGUACCGAAAUGCUGAUGGUUUGUUUUUUUCGUUUAUGUUGUCUCGUCCACACUUUGAACAGGCAGUGGAAAUGUCUUUUUCACGAACGGCCAAUAUAUACUAAUAUCCCGAACGGCAGGCACGAAGAUAUCGGCUUGCUGGAGCUAUGAAAUGAAAUGCAGCAAACUAUUGCAAUUGAAAGCAGAACGCGUACAGUGUGUGUGUGCGUUUGAUCGUAUGUCACGAACCAGCCACAUGAAGCAACAGAUGAUGCUUAACACGUUUAAUACGCCAACGCGAUUGUUGCGAUUGUUAGCGACGUUCCGUUUGCCACGUAAAGCAAGAAUCUCUACUUGAAAAAAUGCAUCACCGUUUCGGCGAGGGUGGCGGUUAUUGGCAUGCGAAGCAUUUUGGUAUUUAUUGAAGGAAAGUAAGGAGUGAAAAAAAGACGGCAACAUCUGCUGACAGACGCACGCGGGGAUAUUCCUGCUGUAGAUCACACAUUGCCCGCAGUGUGACGAAUGGAAAGAUCGAUUGAUUGUAAAUGGUAUUAAGGUUUAGUGAAGUAGUAUGUUAUUUUCCUUCCCUUUUGCCUAGUUUAAUUGUCGACUGUACUCACAUGCUCCUGGUUAUGUUUCAUCAUUGCCGACCGUAACAUAUUGUAUCGAUUCACAUAUUUUAGUCCAUUAGCCUGGUUGUUUCACAAGAGUAACAAGCACACAGGGCGCCACUUUGCUCGGUGUCGUAUGCAAAGUGAUGAAGAACGCACUCGGUGCAUCGUGCAAGUGACGAAAAAAGCAGUGACGGACGACUGUCGAUAUAAUGAUGAGACGAAUUUAUAAUUAGCAAAGCGAACGCGAUGAAACGUAUUCACGCCUUCUUCAUGCUAUACUAUGAUAUCAUUUCAUUGUACAUGAUUUCCACACAAUAAUAUAAAUAAUACAUCCCCCUUGCUGCUGCUGAGCGUAACGUAAGCGGACAAAAGAACUGGACAGAAUGGAACGUCAGUGAGACUUUAUUAAAGGAAUUAUUUUUAUACGAUCAUGUUUCGAGGGAGAGCGAGCGACAGCGUUGCUAGAAGUGGUGGUGACCAUCUUUUGUGUCCUGUUACAAUGCGUUUCUAAGUAGAGUUUUGUUGUUGUUGUUUUGCAUGCAUGGGGACAGUUGAUAGUUUUGGCAAAUGGCUAAAGACGAACAGUUAGAACGUAACCCCGUCGUAAUGCAGCGCGCAGUGUGCAUUGUUGUGAGUGUGUGAUUACAUUAGCGAGUUUUGUGGUGCAAAGUUUUCCUUUCACUUUUGACAAGGAAAAGAUAAAUGAACACAAUAAUUAGAGACGCCAGACACACACACACACACACAUACACACCAAUUCGAUUCGCGCAGUUUGUAUUGCAAUUAACUUUAGUCUCUACACCGGGCAUAGUUGGACAGAAGUACCAGACUUAGGGUAUGCGGUUUGAUCCAUGCACUAAAGGCACGAGUUAUUGCGUUGUGUUUUAAUCUUACACUGAAUUAAUAAUUGUUCAGUCCCCACGAUUAGAUGUGCGAUGUGUGAAGCGAACCUUACUCAAAAACAUAUAUGAAAGCGUGCGGCGCGGGAUCGGCAUUUGUGAACGAUUUUCUGAUGAUAGUAGAGGAUACGAGGGGAGGGUGCAGUUGUAUCGAGUAUACAUAUACAUGAUUACAUACACUAUAUCGUCCAUGUUUUUUAGACAUAUUGAAUAGUUUAUUUUUUAUCCCUUUUCCUGUUUUCUAACAAUAACCACCCCGUCUUUUUUAUUAGUAGCGGAUGAAAAUUGUAGGAAUGUUUUAUAAAAUCAGCCACACAUACACACCCAUACGUAUAUAUAUACGCGCGAAGAAAGCCAGGCGGGGAAAGGUGAACAAUGAGGAUUUAUGAAACAUUUUUGCAGUAACAGAGAACAAAACGUAGGCGAUCCACAGAAGAAAACAUGGCAGUGAACGAGGAAGAGAUAUGCAAACCCCAUCUAACAGUAAUGGAUUAGCGAAUGGCAGUGCAGAAAGUGCGAAAGUGAGACAAAAACACAUACUAGGCAGUAUACAGUAGAGAUACGUGUCUAUUAUUUUUGUUUAUCCUAGAGGAAAAAUUGUAUAAAAAAAACAUAUAUGGUGUAA